AUGUCAUCUUCCAAACGACCCAGCAAAGAAAAAACACCAAUCAGAAAUACCAACACCCCACUACCUUCAUUUGAUAAACCGAUUUUCUCACCUCCGUAUUACCACUACGGCGAGACUCAGCCCACUCGAGCAGCAACUAAAAGAAAAGAGAAGGCGGAGGCUAGAUGUUGGGAACCUUUGGAAGCGUUAGUGUUGGCAGAAUCUUGGAUCGAUAUUUCAGAAGAUGCGACGGUUGGAAAAGACCAAAAGCAUGACCGCUUUUGGAUUCGCGUUUUACACAGGUUCCAUAAAGGAAUGAACCGUGGAGAAUACCGUUCAAAACAUCAAGUGUGCUCCAAAUGGGGGAAGAUGAACAAAGAAGUCAUGUUGUUUAAUGACUUGUGGAACAACAUGAAACGUCAAUGGAAAAGUAGAGAAAGCGAUGAAGUGAUUUUGAAGAAAGCGUUGAAAGUGAAAUGGCUGAGUAGCAAAACAUCUGACGAGCAUAUCGACAGUGGGUCAAAACGCAGCAGAACAUCUGAGUCCGACGACACUACAUCAGAUGCUCGUAUUCAAGUUGAUCUGAACGAAGAUGAACCUGUUUCAGUUUCAUCACCUUUCCGACCAUUGGGAAGAGACAAAUCAAAAAGCAAAGGCAAAGGCAAAGCGUCGAAUUCAGAUGAUUUGAAAGAAAUGGGAUCCGACAUGAAGGGUAUAAAAGACAGAAUGAACAAGAUUUUGAAAAUUGCUUCUGAAAGAGAGCUUCGGAAACAAAGGGAGAGCGACAUGCGAAUACUAGCGAUGGACACGUCGAAUAUGACUGGGGCCGAGCUUGAAGUGGUUUUGGCGAUGAAGGAGGAAGUGAAAAACCGUUACAUCAAUCGUGGCUAUUUUCUAGUUUUUUUUUUUUUUUAA